UGUCCAUAUCUGCACCGAACGGCGGGCGACACCGAACGCCGGUACCACUUGCGCUACUACAAGACGGGUAUCUGCGUGUACGACACGGACACCCGGGGGUAUUGCGUGAAAAACGGGCCGCACUGCGCGUUCGCGCACGGCCUGCACGACCUGCGCAACCCUGUGUACGACAUACGCGAACUGCAGGCCAUGGAAAGCGGUUGCGGCGGCGGAGGGGGUGGAGGCGGCGGCGGUGGGCUCGGGCUCGCAGGGCUGGGCAAUCAGGGCCUGCAGGGAGGGCUCGAUAUGGACAACGGGAACGGUAAUGGAGGGCCCGGUUCGCUGCCCAACUCGUUAGAUAAGGAGAGGAAUGCGCUGAAUGAGGACCCCCGGUGGCAGGACACCGCCUACGUGCUGGCUAAUUAUAAGACCGAGGUGUGCAAACGCCCGCCGCGACUGUGUCGACAAGGGUACGCGUGUCCGCAAUUCCACAACAACAAGGACCGCCGGCGAUCGCCCAAGAAAUACAAAUACCGUUCCACUCCCUGUCCUAAUGUGAAACAGGGCGACGAAUGGGGCGACCCAACCAACUGUGACUCGCAGGACAACUGUCCGUACUGUCACACGCGUACGGAGCAACAGUUUCACCCGGAGAUUUACAAAUCCACCAAGUGUAACGAUAUACAACAGACCGGUUACUGCCCACGGGGGCCAUUCUGCGCCUUCGCCCACGUCGAGACCAAUGAGGAGAUAUCGGCGGCGCGGGAGCUGUCGAUGGACGGCACGACAGACCUGUCGCAACUGGUGUCCAACGUAUUGCCGCCGAACAACACUAGUCCGGUGCCCAUCAGUCGGGCCAACUCCAUGUCCACACCGCAGCACAACAACGGUGGCCCUAACCAUCAAAACGCGCUGUUAAACAGACAACAACAACAGCAACAGUCGAUCGCUUCGUCGCUGCCCGACCACUACCAGACGGGUGGCUUUGACCUGUCGGCACCGCAACCGCCGCCCCAAAUGGUG